GUAACCAUAAGAAAGUAUCUCGUGCGAACGAGAAAGUGUAUCCCAUGAACCUUUAGGGGCUCCGUGAGUAUGUGCGAAAUUGCACAUAUCAGACAUUUUAACUUUCAUUUCAUUAUGUCAGAUAAAAAAUGCGUGUUGUUGAAAUAUUAGAGUCAGGGAAGGGUCAGGAUUUUACAGAGGGGAUUUUGAAUAUCUUUUUGUAUAUCACUACCAAUAUAAAAAUAGUAGCUAUGUACAGAUACACAUUGUCAAAGUUAGUAAAAUAAACACCUGAAUGUGUAUUUUGGAUUAUUUAUUUACCCCUAGUCUGAAAGUAGACUGGAUAUGGAAGCACCAAUCUCUCAAACUCAAAAAUGUACCGUGUGUGUGGACUUUCUUUCCAGACUAUAUGGCAGUCUAACGUUGGCCCACAGAGAACUCACUCCUCCCCUGGUGGAGGAAGAGCUGAUCCAGGCCUGCACUGUCGCCCAGGGCAAGGAGGCGAGGCUGUGUUACUAUCUAGGAGCCACUAUUGAUGCAGCAACCCGUGUCACAGCAUCGGUAUCUCGACCUCUGGCCUCUCACGUCCCCGUUGAGAAGAUCUGCCAGCGCCUCAGCAGCACAGACAUGCAGAUCUGUGAGCUCAGAUAUGACCCUCAAGUGAAGGAUCUGAGCAGCGACGGGCUGAAAAUAAUGAAAGUCUUGGAGCUGAGGAACAUUUUAGCUUCGUGGGGAGAAGAGUGUCGAGGCUGUCUGGAGAAACACGAGUUUGUCAGCCUCAUCCAGGAGAAAGCACUGCUGCAUGCUACGGAACUAUGAAUAUAGUAUAAUACAGUAUUUUAACAAUAAUAGAGGAGGCAUACAUCUUUUUGUGCUGAUACAGUAUGUACCUGAGUAAUAGCAGCCACAGCAAUAGCAGCAGCAUGGUAGAAAGAGUUUCAUAAAAUACUGCCCAUCAGAUGUUCCCAAAAACGUUUCAAGUGUCAUAAAAAAUGCAGUCUAUGAAAAGAAGCUAUCUGACGAAAAGUUCAAUUGAAUAUCUAAGCAGGAGGUUCACGUUCAUACGUUUAUGUAAAUGGAGGGUAAAAAAAAUGCUCUAGUUGUUUCUUUUGACAACAAUCACUUGCAUACAUUAAAAUGUGUUUUGUUACACUGUUUAUUUAACGUCCCACACAUCACAUUGACUUAUUCAUUUCUCAAAUUCCUAAUGUAACAUUUUCCUCACUUCUAUUGCAAUGAUAGCUGAUUAGGUCUAUGUUUUUCCAUAAGAUUUCAAACUGAUUCAAUGACAAAAAAAACAUAAUAAAUAAUAUUUUUUUAUAAUACAAGUAUCAUGUCGUCGUUUAUUGCAGAUAUCACUCACCAUAAAGGGUUCUGACUACAGAAUUGAACUGACUGUCAAUUAGAAAGUCAGCUAUCCACUGUUAACUACAUUCUCCCAGAGAUCCACUUACAAUGAAAAGCCAAAAAACUAAAUCUUUGGAUAUGAUGUUGAUGGUGUUCCUACUGGUGUUGAAUUGGCUUGGCAUGAUCGAUUUUACAACGGCAGCCAGGCUGCUAUCAGACAUGUAAAAGGAAGUCCUCUCUUUACUGCAGUCCUGUUUCAGAGAACAGUUCCUCUGAGUGAAUUAGCCCCUUGUUAUAAAGACUCAGUUUGUUCCUCAGUCUCUCCUUGGCUGGGUUUUCCACUGCAGUAGAGUUACCUGAAACAAAAAACAAAGCUACGGAUUAGUUUUAAUACAUACUGUGGGGCAAAAAAGUAUUUAGUCAGCCACAAAUUGUGCAAGUUCUCCCACUUAAA